CUCGGUAUCGAUGAUGCCGGAUUCGGAUUCCUGGAUCUCGAUAACCUAUUUAAAACUUCCAUCUGAAUUGAGAUCGGGGUUGAAAUACAAAGUCUAAUUUUACAGCCACGGAAUUUUGAAUGAACCAAAUAUCUGAUCAUUGAGAGUUCGGAUCGAAAAAAUGAUAACCUUUUCGGAAUCCUCGACCUCAACAACCUAUUUAAGAUUUAUAUUACUUGAAUCACGUUCCGAAAAUAUAGUAUCUUGCUUCAAGCCAGAACCAUCUUUGGAAAAAUGGCUCAGCGUUAAAAAAAUGGUGCAGGACGGAACCUUUUCAAACAUUCGGAACUAUUGAGAAUCUGAGAUGGUUCUUUAAACUAGCUGGAACCAUAAAUAGUUCCAUAUGACACCUUAUUUUUUUUUCAGAGUAGUUAACAGAUCUUCCACGAUUAAUGAAGUCGAUUUGUACUUAGAAUGCAUUCUAACAUAAAUGUUGACUUCCUUUAUAGUCAAGAAAAUCAGGGAAUAUGUAGUAUUCACUAAUUAAUUAAUACGUAGAGUGCUUUAAAAAGCAAAUAAUUGUUCUGAAUUUCUUUUAGAAAAUCUUCUUAUUUUCGAGUGAAUGAAUUCCAUAAUGAAAAAAACAUAGUACACUCUAGAAACUGCCUGCAUAUAUUGUUUGAUUUUUUGAAAUAUCUUUUCUUUGCAUUUAUGUAUAUCUAUUCAGGCUAUCAAUGAAACAGAACCGUUAUCAGGCGACUCAUCCAUUUUUAGCGGUAUAUGGUAUCCAAUAUUCUCACUUAACAAUCGUAAAACAUUUAUCACAUCCACUCAAUAUAGUCAACUAGUCUCUUCUUCAUAUACAGUAAUGACCAUCACUAUAAGUGAAGCAUCGUAUUAUAUAAAAAACACUGAAUCACCUAUUGCCAAACAACAAGAAGUGAUUUUUCAUACACUUUUAUUUACAAUCAUAUGUCUUGAAAUAUCUGGUUUGGUUUUUCUCAUUGUCAAACUCGUUUUUAUUCCCAUAUUCAAGAAAGCUAUUGUUCACUAUUACCGUGCUCCACGUGGUAAAGUUAUGCCAACAGAUGAAAAUGCAUCACAUGAUAAAGUUACGCCAACACAUGAAAAUGCAUCACAUGAAUCCAGCUCAAAAACUAGAUCUGAAGAUGGCUGA